UACGACAAAACAACACAGAAGAGAAUCGAUAUCCAUCAAGCUGAUAAUCAAGACAGGCAAAUCAUCCAUGGUAGCGGGGAUGAAGCGCGCGAGGGAGGAUGAGCCGGUGUCUCUGGCCCUAUCGCUGAGCACGGACUCGCCGACGACGUCCGGCAACUCCACUGCGUCGGCGGCGGCACAUAAGAAGAAGACGCGCCGCGGCAGGGUGGUUGCGACCUCCGGGGAGGGGGACUUCGUGUGCAAGACCUGCAGCCGUGCUUUCAUGUCGUUCCAGGCGCUGGGCGGGCACCGGACCAGCCACCUCCGGGGACGCCACGGGCUGGAGCUCGGCGUCGGCGUCGCAAAAGCCAUUCGAGACAGGAAGCGGAGCGAGGAGAAGCAGCACGAGUGCCACAUCUGCGGGCUCGGCUUCGAGAUGGGACAGGCGCUCGGGGGACACAUGAGGCGGCACCGGGAGGAGAUGGCGCUCAGCAACGGCGCCGGCGGCGAUGACCAGUGGAUCUUACGCAGCGUCGCGCUGCUGGAGUUGGUGGUGCACGCUGUGGACCGGCCGCCCGUCUUACUCGAGCUGUUCGUCUAG